AUGAAGGAACCGCUAGAACCAAAAAAUUUUGAUACCGUUCAUCUACUUUGCGGGCCUCUUGGUUUAAAGCGAUCGAUGCUUGCUUUUGUUGGAAUUAAGCUUGUUCUUGCGAUUCUUGGAAUAUUUUUACCGAUACUUCAAAUCAUCUUAAUUCUUGUAUGCAAGGAAUAUACUUAUCUAGAUCCAGGCAUUAAAAAUUUGACUCCAAUUACUUUUUGUGUUUUACUGAUUAUCUUUAACACGGUCAAUGCAAUUGUGUUCUUCUUCUUUGUUCAAGCAGUUAGAAAGGAACAUGCAGCUAGUGUCCUACCAUAUCUCGUCCUUAAUGGAGUUUAUAUAAUCUUCUAUACCUUCAUCACCGUAGCAGCUAUGUCACCAUUUAUGUUCCUCGGCUUAUUAUUUUAUCUUUAUAUCUAUUUGUGUGCAUUUUCUUUGUAUACAAUUUUUUCAGAUGCCGAACAGCAUCAUGCUGUUUAG